UGGAUCUCUGAGUGUCACUGAUAUAUAGAGGGUAUGAGGAACAGGUCUGAGCAGACGAGUGGAAUAAUGUAUUAUGGUUGGUUCUCCGUAGGGGUGGCGGCGAUCUGUGUUGCUGUUGUGAAUGGUUUCCUGCUGAAAUGGAGAAAAGGACUAAAAUUGAGGAAGAAAAUGCAGAGAGCCAGAGCGAAGAGACAGUGGGAGCUCCAACAGGCUGAAAAAGCAGUCCUACAAUUUAGGACUCGGAAUCCUGGUGUUGAUUUGAGCUCUAUUUUGAUUCUCUCGCUGGUCGAGCUGCGUCAGCGGAUCAGAGAGGGAUCCCUGCGGCCCGACGCUGUGAUCCAUGCCUACAUCCAGAAGGCUCUGGAGGUGCACAGGAAAGUGAACUGUGGCACCGCUGUCCUCAUGGAGUGUCUGAACCAACUGGAAGACCUCGAAUUACGCAAGAACAGACCUCUCUAUGGCAUUCCCAUCAGCAUUAAGGACAAUCUGGAUUAUGAGGGCUAUGACUCUACCUGUGGUGUGAUGACUAAACUGGACAAUCCUGCACUGAAGGACAGUGUGGUGGUCACAGUGCUGAAGAAGCAGGGAGCAAUUCCCUUCAUCAAAACCAACAUCCCACAAGGUCUCCUCAACUAUGAAUGUAGUAACCCCAUAUACGGGAGGACUGUGAACCCCUGCAACAUCGAGAAGACAUCCGGCGGCUCUUCAGGAGGUGAGGGAGCUCUGAUUGCUGCAGGAGGAUCUAUUCUGGGUCUGGGAAGCGACAUCGGAGGAAGCAUCCGCAUCCCUUCAGCCUUCUGUGGCAUCUGUGGCUUAAAACCAACAAACAACAGGAUCAGCUUGCAGGGACUCGGCUCGUGCGCGAAAGGCGGGAAGACUGCCCUGUCGGCCAUUGGUCCCAUGGCCCGUGACGUGGAGAGUCUGGCUCUGUGUAUGAAAGCUUUACUCUGCCCAGACAUGUUCACUCUGGACCCUACGGUUCCUCCACUACCGUUCAACCAGGAGGUGUACGAGAGCUCGGAUCCCCUGAGGAUCGGAUACUACGAGAACGACGAGUACCAUCAGCCGUCUCCAGCAAUGAGCAGAGCUCUAUGGAAGACCAAAGAGCUCCUGGAAAAAGCGGGACACACGCUGAUCCCGUAUUACCCUCCCCGGAUGUUCAACACCAUGCAGGAGUUCGUCCUGAGGGGAAACGUUCCAGACGCAGGCUGUACACUCUUAAAGCAUUUUGAGGGAGGUCCAGUGGAUCAGUGUCUGAAGCAUCAGGUGUCAUUACUUAGAUGUCCCCUGUUUAUGAAGAAAAUAAUCACACUACUCCUCGGGCCAAUCUAUCCACGUGUGGCUGCAGGUAUACAGGGCAUCUGUGGAGUCAAGAAUGUAGCAGGACUGUGGAAGCAGCACGUGGAGGUUGAGGCUUAUAUCCAUGAGACGUUAGCUGAGUGGAGGAGGCUGGAGAUGGACGUUCUGCUUUGCCCCAUGCUGGGACCAGCCUACAACUUCAACUACACUGGAAAACUGAGCGGUGCUCUGAGCUACACCGCUCCCUACAACGUCCUCAACUUCCCUGCGGGAGUCGUUCCCGUCACCAAGGUCACAGCUGAAGAUGAAGAUGAGCUGAAACACUACAAAGGGAACUUUGGUGAUAUUUGGGACCGGACCUUCGUCAAGGCCAUACAAGGUGGUGUGGGUCUGCCCAUAGCAGUGCAGUGUGUGGCUCCACCCUGGCAGGAAGAAUUGUGUUUACGCCUAAUGAGAGAAGUGGAAAUGGUCUGGGCUAAGAAAUGCUCCAAUCCACCACACUAAAUACACACACAAUUAAUAUAAAUUGCGUUAUCAAUGAUAAGAAGCCACAAGAUGUCAGCUAACAACUAAUAGAAGUAAACAGCCACUAGUUCAGCACUAGUGCAUCUCUAAAUCA